AUGAAAAUUGACAACGGGCUAAACAUAAUUAUGUCCAGUGCUGGAGAUAUAAAGCAUAAAUCUAAUAAGAUUGGAAACUUACAAAAUAUUCAUAUUGCCGUAGAAUAUUUUCAAAAAAUUUCAAAACGGGACACAUCAAUGUCCAGUUUUACCCCUGAACUGGACACGGGACAAGACCGUCCAAAACUGGACAAUCCAGUCCAGAACUGGACGUCUGGCAAGCCUAACUCUAUUGCUAGCAUGGACUCAAAUGAUGAUUGUGUGGUGAACUGUACGCUCGGGUAUUCACAACCGGCCACUACUGUGUACAUCGCGCCCGUCAUUGACCUGAGCCCCGAUCUCAACAACCAACACGUGUACACAAAUGGCAAACCCGUGACCACAACGAGACACCCGCGCCGUAAACCACUGCCAAAAUACAAACGUCGAGUCCUACGACACUGUUGGCUACGGCAACGAGUGGACCUAAUGAUGAUGUUGGUCAUACUGGCACAAGUGGCCAUGGUCAUCAUUGUGCCGCUCAUUGUAGUGCAUGGCUAUAAAGAGAUGCAAUACAUUAAUAUGUAUUGGCGGUUAUGUCCAGUGCUGGCCCUCACAGCCAUCACAUGUAUGUCACCCGCGCUGACGGACGUGUCGAGUGAGCUAUGGAUGACAGUGUCGUUGAUGUUUACCAUGAGUUUGGUUUGCGUAUGGAUUGUAUUUGUCAACUAUAUUAGAGAUGAUAUCCGUUCCCACGCUUUGGAUGUGAUAUAUUCAGUGAUUGUGUCCAUAGAGUGCAUACCAUUGUGUAUAUCAGCCGUAUAUCAGUAUAAAAUGUUGAAGCAUUUGACGUUUAGCAAGACGGAUAUGGCCAUCAAUAUAGCCACUACAAUAGCCAUCACAAGUACCGAGGUCAUAAUAUAG